CACUGCGCAUGUCGCGAAUUUAUCGACAGGAGCAAUGGGUUUUCUCUCCAGCUUGAGCUCUGCUAAACGGCACUCGCUCCCCGCGCUCGGUCACAUAACAGUCGCAGCCAGUGUGUCCUCCAGUUCCACAUAUUAAUUCUACAUUAAUUAACUAUCCUGAGUAUUGAGACAUCAGAACGAUGUUACUAAUUACUUUAACCGCAUUUUCUGCGGUUUUUCUGCUGGGUGAUGCGGUGCCAACGCCGUCGAAUAAUAAAGAUGGUGGCGGUGCAAUUGGUGAGCUACCCGAGAAUUGGGACCAGACAAAAGAUGACACACAAUCGCUUUUUCUGAAUAAGAGCGAUAAGAAUGACUUGGAGCCAUAUCCGCUGGCUCUAAGCGAGGAAGGAAAUGCUGAAGGUUUUGAACAGGGAGUGGAUCAAAGAUAUGAAGCCCAACAACCUAAUGGGGAACUAGAUAACCUCAUCAUGAGGCCUGAACUGUACGGUGAACCUCCAGCAAUGGAGAGUUUAGCCACCAGCUACGACUCCCGUCGCCGCAAGCGUGGCAGCGGAACUAAAGUCGGUGGAGCUGGGGCUGCUACUAAAGUAGCCACCAAAUCCGGUUCAGGCAAGAAAAAUCUGAAACCGGAGGAGCACGGAGCUCUCUCGCCCGUGGAUUCGAUGACUCACGAACACGAUGCUCACCGCCGCAAGCGGGGCAGUGGCACUAAAGUGGGCGGCGCAGCUGCGUCUGCCAAAACCGCCACUAAAAACUCCGGCGGAAAUAAAAAGAACUUCAGGCCCAUCUCAGAACGUCGCAAACGUGAUUCUGGUCUCAGCGCCGCCGAUGUUCGAGCUCUACUCAACCUGUGGGAGGCGCAGGAACGUAAAAAGCAGGAAUGGAACGCACAAAACCAAUGGGCACCUGCACCCGUGCCAGUACCCGAGCAUUACUAUGGAGUUGGACGCGUGAACACUGACGACGAGCAGCCGGAAGUGGAUGAAAAUGGUGACAUCUGGUACAACGAGCCUGUAGUGAUUGCUCCUCGUGAGCGAGACUACCCUCGCCACUCAUACUUCUCUGAACAAAAUCGUAUGGCUCUCGCUCACGGUUACCCUGACAUGUACCAAGUAGGCCCCGCCGAGUUAGCUCAGCGAUACGAAGAGGCUCGUCGCAAGAGGCAAUACGCUAACAAAGUGAAGCGCUUCAUGGUCGCCAGGAAGCGUUCGGACAGCAUGAUCAACCACCAGAAUGGCUACCGGCCCCGUGACGAUCUCUACACCCUGGCGGAGUUGCUGCGCUCGGCACCGCGGGUGCAAGAACAAGACAUCCCUCUAUAUCGACGACUGAUACUGUAAGGCGUCUUUUGAAAAUGGCGUCCAUUCUCAGCAACUUGCAGUUCUCUUGUACAUCAGAAUUGAUUGUUGGCUGUUAGAACGAAAUCCUAAAGCUCGCAUGUUGUCGGAUGGACGCCUGAGCAGGUUUUGAUUUGGAGUGGGAGAUUGUCGUGCAUUUAAUUCGCAAUUUGUAGCGGAUACCUAACAAACACUAGAUGUAGGAAACCUAGCAUAAAUCAAUGGCAGCAUUUUAAUGAAUUUCUUAUUUGAAAUAGAUAUUAUAUCUCUAUUACCUGGCCUAAGUAAAGUAGUUUUCAAUAUAUUUUAUCUUUAUUAAACUAUACUAUUUUUUAUUUUCUGUGUAAAGUGUUUUUGUUUUUAAGUUAAUUUUAAGUUGUGUAUUUUUUAUAUCAUUCACUGCAUUAUACUUGUUACUUAUUUACCUAUUUUAUGAAUUGUAACCAGUAUUUUCAAAUAGUUUCAUUCAACGGUAGUUCGAGGUGAAGUUAAACUUCAUAUUUACUAUUAUCUAGAGUUAGUUAUUAUGUGUAAAUGUAAACUUUGCUGUAUUAAAUUAGUAUUAUCUUAA